AUAUUGUUUUUUAGAGAACAAGGUUUAAAUACCUUUGUUCUUAGACCUCAUUGUGGUGAAGCUGGUCCCAUUCAACAUCUUGUCUGUGGUUAUAUGAUGGCAGAAAAUAUCUCUCAUGGUCUUUUACUUCGAAAAGUGCCUGUACUGCAAUAUUUAUAUUAUUUGGCGCAAAUUGGGAUUGCAAUGUCACCUCUUAGUAAUAAUUCUCUUUUUUUAAAUUAUCAUCGUAAUCCAUUACCUGAAUAUUUAGCUAGAGGAUUAUGUAUAAGUCUUUCUACAGAUGAUCCCCUUCAAUUUCAUUUUACUAAGGAACCUUUAAUGGAAGAAUAUAGUAUUGCUGCACAAGUAUGGAAACUUAGUUCAUGCGAUAUGUGUGAACUAGCCCGAAAUUCAGUACUUAUGAGUGGUUUUCCACACAAGAGUAAACAAUACUGGCUUGGGCCAAAUUAUACUAAAGAGGGUGUGGCUGGUAAUGAUAUUACUCGAACAAAUGUACCAGAUAUUCGAGUGGCCUAUCGAUAUGAAACAUUAGUCGAUGAAUUAUCGAAUAUCUUUAAAGUCGUUGAAAAACCUGAAGCCGUUCCAUUUUAAUCUUUAGCGAUAGUACAAAAAAAACCCUUAAACAUAAUAUAAUAUAAUUAUUCUCUAUAACUACAAAUAGUAUCUAUAAAAUUCGAUAAAACUGCGAUAAAAACUAUUUGUAAGAAUCUUGUAAUGUAAACGAUUAUAUAAUUUAUGCUAAUAAUCAUUGUCAACUUUCGA